CGGUUCGUGUCGCGCAGAGAAGUCAAAUGUGAAACGCUUGCGCUGCACUAGCUUAUAAACUCACCUCAAAUCAAUAAAUAGGCAGAAACAGUUCAGAGUUAACGCAAAGAGAACUUCUAGGUUGUGCGACCUCAUACCGUCAAGUGCGCAGUCUGCUAUGUUGAAGACUCAUGCUUGAGAUAAAAACGCAAAGAUCACUUCAAAAAUAAAUAAAGUAAGGAAUUGGAGCACUGCGUUUGUAAUCUUUUGCAGCCUUCAAACCACGGAGUAUUUUACCAUCCAAGCAAUGAAUUUCAAGACAAUUCUAAUAAGUGUGUGGAUUUGGUUACCUGCUUUAGCAACUGCAUAUGAUACAGACAGUGAUACGUUUCUAGUCUGCAACUCGUCAGAGUGUAUUCAAAGAGCCAAACUAAUAAAUGACUCACUUAACACCUCCAUUGAUCCUUGCACGGAUUUCUAUUCAUACGUAUGCGGCCGGUGGGAAAGCACUCAUCCUCUUCCAAGUGGUGCGGGCAGCUAUGAUGUUUAUCAGGAGAUUCGUAAAGAUAUUCCGGAAAUGCUAAGCUAUAUUCUUGGAAACCGAACCCUGGUUGAGACUAACCAAACCGCAAUCGACAAGGUGGUAAUCAUGUAUAAUGCAUGUUUAGCACUUCCAGAUAGCAGUGCUGAUUUGAAGAAAGUGCUGGAUGGAUCUGGAUUUAAUGCCUGGCCGAUUCUCCCCGAGGAAAACGUCUUCAACUCCAGUAAUUGUUCAGAUUUACUUCAGCAUAUGAGCAUUUCUUCAAUUCUCGAUUUGCGCGUUACAAAUAUGAAAAUACAUGCCAGCGACCCCGCAUAUCCUUACGCUAUGACGAUUGGGCCCAUGACCGUUCAAGAAGAAGUGAAAACGGUGAAGAAUAUUGGAGAGGUAAUAAACAACACUAUCAAACUCUUAAACCCAGAAAUUAACAGCUCAAUGCUUGACCACCUAACGAAACAAAUGGUGGAAUUCUGCAAGAAACUCUCGGAUAUAACUGUCGAAGGCUAUCAUGAUACAAGCAGUAUAAACUAUCUGGAAUCGAAGUAUCCGAAUAUUCCUUUAUCUGUAUUACUGAAGAAAGAAUUUGGAAAGGCAAACAUCACAUGGAGUGAUACACAAGUCUCCGUGUAUUUUCCGUACUACUCGAAGUUAAAUGAAUCUUUUAGCCACUGCCAACCCGAACACCCUUUAUAACUACGCAGGAUUCCUUACAAUGUAUCCAUUCAUUGCCUAUGUAAGCAUGGGCACCGAGGAGACCAUUUCAAAGGAGCUCAUUCAAAGUUCAAGGAAGGGCCGUAACGGGAGUGGGUGCAUAGCUUUGUUGGACCAAAGUGUGCCUGACAUUCUCGACUAUUUAUAUGUUACGAAUUACACCGACCCCGCGAUUAAGACGGAGGUGGAAAACAUUGGCCGCAGAUUGAAAGAGGCGUUGAACGAAACGAUUCAAAACAGCAGCUGGGUGGAUGAUGUAUUGCGACCAAUCUUACUGAAAAAGUUGGAAGAAGUGCCAUUGCAAAUAGGAUACCCGGACGGGCUAUUGAACAUGUCAGUGCUUGAAACUCGCUACCAAUACGUACCAUUCUUUCCUUGGAAUAUUUCAUUCACAGAAGCCUUGUACCACAUUCAAGAAAACUUAUACAGAAUGCGAUUGCGGAAGCUUAAGUAUCCAUUCGAGGGCGAUUUGGGUUGGGACCACAGUCCAAGAGAUGGUCGCCCAUUACACCACAAGUAUGGGUGGAAAAUUGAAAUUCCCUACGAACUCUUGGUAACUCCAUUUUUUAAUCAAGGACUUCCACGCUCAUUGAACUAUGGUGGCAUCGGCGGUACAAUUGCUAACGAGCUGGCCUAUAGCUUCUUCAUAGGUAAAAUCAAU